CCUAAACAGCAACAGGACCACACCUAAAACCUCAACUUCCUGCAGCAGCACUAAUGAAAUGGGGUUCUUCAGUAACUAUUACAUGUUUGUCCAACAAGAAAAUGACAAGAUACUUCAUUUAAGAAGAAACCCGACGUGGAGGUCACUGCUUUUAUUCACUAUCCUUUGGGGGAUCGUACAUUUACUCUCAACCCAAGCACAAUAUCCUUAUCUUGGGUACCUGUGUUAUAUUUUGGGACUGUGGUUCUGUUAUCUGGCUACUGAAAAGUACGAGGAAUGUAUUUUUAACAAAGAAAAUGGUACCGUCACAAUGAUGGGUGCUAGAUUCUUGCAAAGAUUUACAAUCGGCUACAACAAGAGAAUUGUGUCACAACUGGAUGAAGUCAUUGCAGUAACAACAGAAAGUACUAAACCAAAUUUUUUAGGAACUGCUCAUCAGGUAAUUUUAUUGUACAUUACUGGCCUGACUCUCUCAAUCACAGGAUCAGCUACUUAUGGAAACAAGCAAUUACAUAAAGACAUAGCAAACAAGAUCAAUGAGUUUCUACAACUAGCUCCAUCACCUUUUGAACAGGAGGAGGAGCCUGUCGAGGAAGAUAACAAUGACAAAACAUCAAAAAAGACCAACUAAUAAAAAUACAUGACAUACAUGAUGAUUCUUUUUGUAAUGCUUUGUAUCAAUAGCUGACCUCAGAAUAA